CAAUGUUCUGUUUGUUUACAUCCGUUUGUUUACAUAAUUCAUUUUCACUUACUAAAGUAGUAAGAUGUGUUCCAUUUCCAUUAAUGCACGCCUAUUGCGACCGCUGAUGCAAGCAGCUUAUACACAAGCCAAAAAUAAAAGCAGAAAUGUAGCCUCAGCUGUGCCAGUGCUCAGCACAGCUGAUCAGCAAUUUCUCCUUGAGCCUGAGCAGCGACAGCGUUGCCUGGAGCAACUUAACAAACUGCCUGUUGUGGAGCGUCCCAAGAGCAUGGCACCAGCCGCUGUCAGGCAUGAAAACUCUGCCGCCUCCGUACUAAUUGCGCUAUGCCUAGAGCGUGAAACCAAUGAAGUCUCGCUGCUGUAUACACGCCGCUCACGUCAUUUGCGCCGGCACAGCUUGCAAGUGUCCUUUCCCGGCGGCAAGCGUGAUGACACUGACGCCAGCUUUGUCGACUGUGCACUGCGUGAAACGGAGGAAGAAAUUGGUCUAGGACGCGAACGCGUUGAUGUUUGGGGCGAAAGCAAUGCCAUAAAACUUCCACGCACCGGCCCCAUCGUGCCAGUUAUAGGUGUAGUCAAAGACUUUCAUGUCUCUGAGCUAAAACUCAACUGGGAUGAGGUGGAGGAAGCCUUCAGUAUACCGCUGAACACGCUGCUAACAGCAGCCGCCGCUCGCCACACUCAAUUCCGAAGUGGCUAUAGCUCACCCGCCUUUGUAGCCACACCAGUGCGCAUCUGGGGCAUUACAGGCUAUCUGACCUAUGUGUUUCUACGCUGUCUGCUGCCUAGGCAAAUGUUACCUGAAUCCUUAAAGACAAACUUGAAGUUUGUGCGGCCUUACAAGCUGCCGCCCAAGACGCACCAUCAUGCAGAGACGGGAGAUUUACACGUUAUGUGAUAGACUGCCUUACAUUAGGAUUUGAUGUUUUGUUAUAAAUAUAUAAUGAUAUAUAAUAUAUGCAAUGUUUUG